AUUAUUGAUGAAGAUAAAUUUGUUAUUAUUCCAAAAAACGCACGUACGUGUAAAAAUGGUAAAAAGAAACCCAAAGGUAACACAAACCGCUUCGCUCUGGAACCUGGCAUAUAGCGUUAUUGCUAUAACCAUAUAACCUCUAAAAAUAUAACGCCUAGUGACCACGGGACCGGGCCCUGACUUUAAAAAGUAUGCACUGAAAAAAAUAAGAGGGGAGAAACAUCAGCCAAUCCGUAUCCAAUGAAAAGAGACAGGCUAUACUGAAUUUGUAUCUAUUUCUUUCUACGGAUUGGUUUCAUACUCAGCAGUAAUGAAGUAGUAAAUGCUACUUCCAGGUACAUAUACAUAUGCUCUAAGUCCAUCGAAUAUACGUAUUCGAUGUUGUCAUCAAGUACAAUAAGGCCCCAGUGGAAAGUAAUAUCAUUGUGAAAAUUUAUAGUAUUAGCUCCAACUCUUUCACGUUUUUCUUCCUCUCUAACCAAGCGUUUGAAUCCUCACCAUUUCACAGCGCAUCCAAUCCGUAGUGAAUCCUUUCAUAGCAUUAAAUCAUCAGCCAAUCAGAGCAAUACAAUUUCUGUCCUCAUCUUCGACUGCUUAGCAAGCUGCAGCCCAGAAUGAUGUAGGAGUGAAGCUAUGUGGUACUAAAAUCGGAAGAUAUCAUUUACCAUACGAUUGUAGUAUUAAGAAAUUAAAUUAAAUAUGAUAAAUUCGUUCUAUCAACGGAUACAUUGUAAAAACAGAUCUAGACAUGCAAUUAUACAUUUCAGGAUAGUUAAAAUUCAUUAAAAUAUGCAUACAAACAUACAUAAUGUACAUGUACAUAUCCACACAUUUGAAAUUGUAGAGCGCCCUCUAGUUCUUCGGUAUUCCGUUAAACCCAUCAGCUCGUGAAAUGGCAGUGUGAUGCAUUCUUAAGUUGAAUGAAGUGAAUUUCAUGGGGGAUUGAUAGAAUUUCAAAAUACAACAAAGUAAUAUUGUUUACUAUUGUGCAAAACAAUCAGUUGUACUACACACAGUGUCAUCUAACCCGUUUUUUAAGAUAUAAGAUCUAGAAUAAGACAAUAUUUUACGGUUUUUAUUACUAGUUCACUAUUUUGGUUGACAGUGGGAUAUGGAAUCCAGAAAAUUAGAUUUUUUUAGUAUAGUUUGAACGGAAGAAAAACAAAACUGUAUUAAAAAGCAUUAUUGUGAACUGUACGUAAAUUACUGUGAAAAUAUAAAAAAUGAUGUGAACAGUUUCUGCAAUAAUGUCCGCAUAAUUUAUAUCUAUUAGAUAACCCCAUUUUUAAAAAAUUUAAAUAAUACAUUUACUUACCACUGUAUUAUACCGGUCGUUGAUACGAGAGCAGUGAAUGUGUACAAUGCGUUAAAUAAUCAAGCGUGAAAUGAAUUUGAAUAUCCAUUUUAGUAGGGAAAUAAAUAUUUAUUGAAAUUACAUCAUUGACAAUGGCUCCAAGACGAAUUGAAGAAAUUCCUGCAAAAAGAGUAGCAGCUUCAGGUUGUAAAUUACCUGAGCAAUUACCAGAAGGAGAAAUAUUGACAGAUAUUACCCAAAACAAAUGGAAAUUAGGACAAGCAAUAGGAUAUGGUGGAUUUGGUGAUAUAUAUUUAGCAUCGAAGAACAUUGACGCCCCAGUAACACAAAAUGCAAAAUAUGUGAUAAAGAUUGAACCACAUACUAAUGGUCCAUUGUUUGUUGAAAUGAAUUUUUAUAUAAGAGCAGCUCGAAAAGAAAUGAUUGAAAAUUGGUGUAAAUCACAAGGAAAAAGACAAAUAGGUGUUCCAACAUACGAAGGAUCAGGUUCUCACUUAUAUAGAGGUCAAAAAUACAGAUUUCUAGUAAUACCAAGAUAUGGUGUAGAUAUUGGAAAAUUGUUUUUAUCAAAUGGACGAAAAUUACCACUGAAACAUGUUAAUAGGCUUACUCUUCAAAUGUUAGAUGCACUUGAAUACAUCCAUAGUCGCGGAUAUGCCCAUGCAGAUAUUAAGGGAUCAAAUAUUUUAUUAUCUUUGUGCAAAGAAGGUGAAAAUACAAAACAGUCGCGGGCAUAUUUAGUUGAUUAUGGAUUAGCCUACCGUUUUCGUACGGGAUCAUGUAUUCAUAAGCCAUUUGUUCACGAUGAAAGGAGGGCACACGAAGGGACAUUAGAAUUUACAUCAAGAGAUGCACAUCAUGGAACACAUUCAAGAAGAGGCGAUCUAGAAACGUUAGGAUAUAAUAUAUUGCAAUGGUUAUGUGGUAGAUUACCUUGGGAGAAAGAAAAUGAUAGUGUACCAUCAAUGUUGGAUCCAGAUGAUGUUCAUGCACAGAAAGAAAUCUUACUUUCAGACUUACCAUUAUUUAUGGCUAAAUGUUUUCCUUCCAAGAAAAAACCUCCACCGCCUUCUAUUGUGGAAUACAUGAAGUAUAUUACUGAAUUAGGAUUUGAAACGAAACCUAAUUAUUCCUAUCUUCGUAGUUUGUUUCAAUCUGGUUCUAAUCAGAAGAAUGAUGUUCCUACAUGCUUAUAUCGUGUAAAAGAAUCUAAUGAAAAUAUUCCUUUUCCAAUAUCUUUCAAACGACCAUAUUUGAGAGAAAGGAAACCUUGUAGACCAGUUAACGGCGAGAUUCGUAUAACACGAAAUACACAACCUAAACUAAAUCCCGUAGAAAGAAAUGAAUUUAGUUGGGAGGCAGUAUUAGCAUUACAUCCUGACAAAUUAGCAAAACUUACUAUACAGCCUCCUCCUCCUUCACCGCUUACACCACCACCGUCUCCACCACCUCCAUCAUUACCCACAUAUGCUAUGCUAAACGUAAUACAGAGGAUGAAAGAGAAACAAUCAGGCACAUUUCGAUAUAGAGCAAUGUCAAAAUCUGCAGACGACGUUAAAGCAAAGUGGAUGACUCCUGCAAUGGAGCAAAUAGUUCAACUGAGAAAGAAGACUUCACCGUCAUCCCCUCUUUUAUGUAAAUCAUCGCCUCGUUUAACGCGUUCUCGAGUGGCGAAAGUAAAACGACUCGAGAAUAAAAAAUCUUAUAAAAAACUAGACAGUAACAAAAGGAAAAGAGGUCCAUCGUCAUAAACAGAAUUGGAUUUCGAUCGCUAUCGUAGUUUUCAUUUUUUGGACAAUGGAACCACCAGCGAGUUAUCUAAUUAAAAGGUGUACAAUUAAGUAUUAUUCUCAAUUUGUUUAUUUAGAUUUUAUAAUAAUAUACUCUUGAUGUUCCUGUAAGAAGGACAAAUUUCUAGCAAUGUCUCAGGUGUAUAAUGCACCCAUUUUUGUAAGACUGCUUUAUAAUUAUAAUUUGUUGUGUAACAAAUUAUAUUAUUAAUAUAAGAUUUUGUAAAACUAAUUAUACGGCGAACAAAUAAUUAUGAACAGUUGAGGUAUUAA